CAAAACGAGUAUAUUGAGCAUAGAUACAUACAUACGUACAUUAGUUGUGCAUCCAGUAGGAGCAUCUAUAUCAGAGGAAAAACGACAAGAAGCCAAUGAAGUAAAGAGAGUACUGAAAACGACUGUGUUCAGUCAACGUAAACACGACGAAAUUGUUAAUUAAGACGCCAAAUGUUUGGCAGUCUUUGAAAGUAUAGAGCACAAGGGUAGGGAGCAAGUGAGAGAGUGCGCUAAAGAUAAGCGUGUGGGUGCAGUUUGUCUCUGGGAGAGUGGUUUUGUUUCCAACGUAGCGCGCACGUUUGCGUUGCCCACCAAAAACCAGCUGGUGCCCCAAAACUCAUUUCAAGUGCACGCUGUUCGAGAUCUCGUUCUCUCUUUCUGCUCUCCCGGUCAGUCUCCCACCCACACACCCCUUGUUAUCAGUCAAUGCCACUUACUCGCCACUGAUUUGGAAUAGCCCCGUGGAAAGUCGUAAACAUCACCGAGUUCAAAAACUCCAAAGGAGAUGCUGAUAAGGCUAGAGUACAUACGGAUGAACUUUGAAUUCAGCACAGCCAGAGCCGCAGAUUUGAGGAGCAACGAAGGCUUUUUGAAUUAAACCCCCGAUUAGUUCGUGAAAACAUCUGUAAACGCAUGGUUAAGAAUCUGUCCGUCGCAAAUGAUCGAAUUGAACUAAAGAAGUUCCUCAUGAGUGAAUGAAUAUUAUAUUAAAGUUGGAUUUAUUAGUGCGCUAAAAAGCUUACAACGAAAGACUAUCAACCUCUACAGUCAACUUAUAAUGUCACGCUCCAAAGACCCUGAGGCCCAUCUUCCUAGGCAAGAAUCCAGCCGUGCAAUGGCCCCAUCCAUGAGCAAGUCCUUCACACUAGACUCCACACGAAGCGGGCCGGGGGCGGAAAACUUUGGUGGCUAUGCCAUGACAAACGGAACCGUGAAGCCUUCUGUACUGCAAAUGAUAUUUGAGGCCUUGGGCCUACGCAAUCAGGCACAAAACAGAGAGCCAACGUCCAAGGAUAUAGGCACCCUGAUAAUGUUAGGCUUGAUGUUCCUGCUCUUUGUAAUCGGCGUGACUGGAUUCUUCGUAAUGUGGUUCACGGAAUACUACAACAACACCAUGCUGGAGAAUUUGAUCCUUUCCGAAAACUCGGAUACCGCCAAAAAUUGGCUUAACCCCGAAUCGAAGUAUGAUACAUUGCUAAAGGCACACAUCUUUCACUACCCCAACAUCGACGAAUACCUGUCAGGGAAGGCCGAUAAGAUAAAGGUCGUGGAUGUGGGACCACUCACCUACCAAGAACACACUGUCAAAGAUGAAGUCUCAUUUAAUAAAAACUUCACGGUUAGCUUUAGGGACCGCAAGUCUUAUAAGUUCUUGCCGGAAAAGUCGUCUAUUGGCGAGAAUGAAGUAGUUAGGGUACCCAACGUACCACUAAUCUCUGCUGCUGGACCUGUUAAGCGUAUGAAAGUCUUCAAACGUUGGUUUGUUUCGGGUCUUAUAAAUCAAUUUAAGGAGCCGCUAUUCAAGAAUCUCACAGUCUCCGAUUUUCUCUGGGGUUAUGAAGACAAAAUCAUUAAGUUGGAGUCCCUUGGCAAGGGCAGGCGCCGAUUUGGUCUUCUUAUGAGCCGUAACGGAACCAGCGUGGACUCGGUUCAGCUCAACACGGGAGAGGACGACAUUAACAAGUUCAGCAUCAUCACCCAGUUUAAUGGAAUGCCCAAGUUGGACUAUUGGGAGGGGGAGGAGUGCAAUCGCAUAGAUGGGUCGGAGCCCUCAAUGUUCUCGCCACAUUUACUGCAGGAUCGCAGCACCGUUAAUGUGUUCCUUCAGGUUCUGUGCAGAAAGGUUCCUCUGCAUUUCGAAAAAGAAGUUACUAUUUACAAUGACAUUGAUGUUUUGCGGUACCGGACGCCUAUGGAUGUGUUCGCUCAUCCCUCCGAAAAUCCUGCAAAUCAGUGCUACUGUCAGAAUACGGAGCUCUGCCUGCCUAGCGGAGUUAUCAACGCCACCAAGUGCUAUGCAGAUGCGCCCAUCUUUCCGUCGUUUCCCCACUUCUUUACGGGCGAUCCAGUACUAUACGAAGACUUUGACGGUAUAAACCCGGAUGCUCAGGUGCACCAGACCUAUGCCGACAUCCAUCCUCGAUUCGGCUUUCCCAUCAGCGGUGCAUCACGCGUCCAGAUCAACAUUAUGUUGGACAAAACACCAAUACUUAGAAAUCAAGGGCAUCGACUGAAGAACACUACUAUUCUUCCUCUAAUGUGGAUCGAGAUCACAUCGGGUGACUUUUCCGAGGAGGUGCUCCGCAAGUUGUACCUAAGCACCUUUGGCCUGAAUGCCAUUCAGCAGACUCUCAAAUACGGUACCCUGCUUAUAUCGGUGACAUCGUUCAGCCUUAUCGUGGCCAUUGUUUACUACCUAAACAGCAGGCGCGAGGAGCAGCUCCAGGAGAGCAAGUCCUCUGUUGAACUGGAGGCACUUAACGGCGAAAUCGUUGUGGUGCACCACAUCGACAUGCCCGUGCCGCUUCACGUGCAAGAGGGAAGCCACCAUCGAGCCGCGUUAUAGUGCCAUUAGUUAGUUAGGGGCGGGUAUGGGGAAAGUUGAUCAAACUUUAAUGAGAUUUUCGAAUUUGUCAGUGUUUAUCAUAAAAUAGCCGUAAACAAAGAGUCGCCAGUUACCUUUAGUCUGUAGUAAUCUGAUGUAUAUAUGUACUCGUAUAUGUAUAAAUAUUAAAUAAACUGUUCAUUACCUAUAAAUUAAA